UGCUGCUACAAAGCGGGCAAUUUUGUUUUCGUCAGUCUGCCUGAGGUUUCGCCGCCUCGAUUCAUAUUGACUAAAUAAAUAUUACUAAUGAAAAAUGGAUAGAUUUGUGCUUGUGGUUAAUUUUACGAAAAAAGGAGAUUGUAAGACCGUCGAUAAGGACCUGGACCUUGUUAAGCAGAUUCAUGAUUUCCUCAAAAGUCUCGCCAGUACUUCAGCACCCCAACACUCCUUGUUUCCUGCCUGCCUGCCCGGUAGAGUCCCUGCAGGACGCCGCUGGUACUUUGCCGUCCAGGCAAGCUGUGGAUCAUCACAGUUCUGCAGCUCUGAAUGGGAUGAGCUCGGGGUGGGAUGUCACAGGAGUGACUGUGAGGACACUGGGCCGUCGGCCUUGGAUACCUGCAGAGGUGCCCUGCUCGAGAAGGGGGCGGAGGACGACAACGAGGAACUGCUGGGCCCCCAGGCACAGUCAGAGUUGUUUGAGGAGGCCGCUGAGGUCCUUCACCAGCUGGCUGACAAGCUGCCUCCUCCGGGUCAGGCUCUCCUGGAUGUUGUUUUGUUGUCAACCGAUACGGAAGCUCCAAGCACAAAGGAAUUCCUUCCAGUUCUUGGUUCACUGAAGCACAUGCAAGCAUGGCAUUCAGCCAAGAUUACCGUGGCGACGGCGAACAAUGCAGGUUGGCAGACAAUAGCCUCGUACUUGCUGACUGACAUACAUGACCAAGAAAAGCUGCUGUCCUGCAUUGAUCAGGAUGAAUCAUGGAGAGGAAGCAUCCUUGUUAGAGAGAAAAAGUUCCUCUCAGAGUUGCGGUUUGGAGGGUUCUGCCUUAAAGCAAGACCAAGUGACAGCAACGUACUGUCCGCUCGCGUGUUGAGCCAGGCCUGCACGGACCGCACGCUGAACACAGAGGUGUUCCAGUAUUACCAGCCAGUCUUGGACUUGGUGCAGCUGGUCAGUGUCCCUGACCUCCCAGUCUACCUCCAUUCCAGGGUGGAAUUCGAUCUUGCACUGACCACCAAGACGGCCAGGUCUAGGCUGCUUCUAGAUCAACUUAGUACUCUUCGUGGAAAGGUUGGAGCUCUGUUCAGUCUCUCCUGCACUGUCAGCUCCCUGGCUGUGACCCCAGCUCCACAGCUCGGCUCUCAGAAGUGGAAGGAGUUCAUAGCCAGGAGACCCAAAGCCUUGCCUGUUCCAGAUGUUGAAGUGAAAGGGGAACUCGGUCAGUACUUCUGGCUGGUCCAGGGCACGGACACUGGAGGCUGCACUGCAAGGAUGAUUCACUCAGCCAAUCAGAUUAACGGUGCUGCCGCCCUGGCGACAGCCAAUGGGCUUCUGGGAGAGAAAGACCUUGCGCUCUCAGGCACCUGCGUGGACGCCUGGUUGUCGUCACUGCCCUGUCUCCAUGGAGACCAGCUGAUACGGCGGGAGCGGAACCUGGAGAAGGUGCAAGCGCUUGCUGUGAAGGAAUGUCUUAGGAGGAGGGAGGAAUCUCUGAAUCCAGUGUCCAUUCCAGUCACUGACCUGAAGGUCCUACUGCGUCUGGCACGUGAGCAGUACCUCAUGAUGCACGACGCUCGUCUGCCCAGAGCUGCAACCCUCAUCGCAGAGAAGGAGAACCACACCAGGGAGGUUCCUGCAGUAAGCGUGAGGACGGCUGGAUUGCAGGACUUGCCCGAGAGAAGCGUGCUCCUGAAUUUCGAGAACCAGGCGAAGAUCCGUCAGCAGAGGAGCUCGAGCCUCCGCCUUGCGAGUGGUUCCUCGGAGUGCCUGUUGGGGCCUAAGGAUGGUCAGAAGGAGACUCCCGCCCUGCUGGAUGCCAAGGAGAUGCUGCGUCACUUCAGCUCAGACGGGCAUCCCACCGGAGAGCUUCAGCCGCUGCCGGUCCAGCGCGGGGAGCAUCCCUUCCAGCUGUCCUCGGACCUGACACCUAGGAAGGUGACCCAGCUGCCCUUCAGUAAAGCAACCAGGUCCCACUACCAUGGCAUAGAGUUCUGCUUGGAUGAACAGAAGGCCCUGGACCGGGACAAGAGCCUCGUCAGGCUACAUUCGCGUCUGAUCCGUUACGAGACCCAGACCACCUGCUCCAAGGAGCCACGCCCCGUGCCCUUCGCCCUAAGCCCCGCCCCCUUCAUCCAGAGCCCCGCCCCAUCUCCCAGCGUGCUCUCCGAGCCCAGCAGCAUACCGGACGGGGAGGCGCUGAUGUCCGAGACCCGGGGAGAGCCGCCGAGGCUAAAGAGGCGCUGCUGGGAGGCGGAUGGCAUGCACACGUACAAACGACUGGUCAAAUCAGAUAGCAACGAGUCUCUGGGCUCCAAGUCUAGCGGCAGCAGUGGCACCCAGCUGGGGGCUCGGACCCUGCGGCGGAAGCCUGCCGGGUCACAGGUCAUUCCCACCUCCGCCAGACCCGCCCCUUGCCCUCAGCGGAGUGAGACCACCAAUCAGCCUCCCGCCGGAGACGCUGCGACCAAGGAGUCCCGUUCACAGAAACACAACAGGGUGGGAAGCUGUUGCUACAGUUACAGCCCUUUGCCUGCUGGUUCUUUAGUGACGUUUUGCAUAUUCUGUCUCACGGUCAAGAUAAGAAGCGUCUUUAAGUGUCAGAUGCUGAACGAGGUUGUCAUGAAGACACUGAAGCUGCACGGUAUCACCGGCGAGCACAAGUGCUUCGAAGCCUGCAGUCAGAGAUUAUUCGAAAUAUCCAAGUUUUAUCUGAAGGAUCUGAAAACCUCCAGAGGUCUCCAUGAAGAAAUGAAAAAAGCCGCCCAGAAUAACUGUAAGCAGGUUAUCCAGUGGGUCCUUGAAAAGGCUUCCAGAAAGUGAGGAAGAGAAUAUCCUGCUCCAUUUCGGAGAGGCUAAUGCCUCUCCAGCUGGAUUCAUGAAAGACAUCCCCUCCAUUGUUCUUGAAUUACACUAUAUACUUGUAUUCUGCUCUUCUGGCUUUGAAAAUGUGGUUAUGACCAUGUGGUGCCAAAAAUGUAUGAAAUUUUAAUUGUGAGCUGCUUUUACUUAAUGUAUUUAUUAAAGCCUU